CAGCCGCGGCAGCAGGGAGCUGGGAAGCUGAGAAGCCGGGAGCGCGGGGCUCAGUCGGGGGGCGGCGGCGGCGGCGGCUCCGGGGAUGGCGGCGGCUCCGCUGCUGCUGCUGCUGCUGCUCGUGCCCGUGCCGCUGCUGCCGCUGCUGGCCCAGGGACCUGGGGGCGCGCUGGGAAACCGGCAUGCGGUAUAUUGGAACAGCUCCAACCAGCACCUUCGGCGAGAGGGCUACACGGUGCAGGUGAACGUAAACGACUAUCUCGAUAUUUACUGCCCGCACUACAACAGCUCAGGGCCUGGUGGCGGGGCGGAGCAGUACGUGCUGUACAUGGUGAACCUGAGUGGCUACCGCACCUGCAACGCCAGCCAAGGCUCCAAGCGCUGGGAAUGCAACCGGCAGCAUGCCUCGCACAGUCCCAUCAAGUUCUCCGAGAAGUUCCAGCGCUACAGCGCCUUCUCGCUGGGAUAUGAAUUCCAUGCCGGCCAAGAAUACUACUAUAUCUCCACGCCCACUCACAACCUGCACUGGAAGUGUCUGAGGAUGAAGGUGUUCGUCUGCUGCGCCUCCACAUCGCACUCCGGGGAGAAGCCGGUCCCCACUCUCCCCCAGUUCACCAUGGGCCCCAAUGUGAAGAUCAACGUGUUGGAAGACUUUGAGGGAGAGAGUCCCCAGGUGCCCAAGCUUGAAAAGAGCAUCAGCGGAACCAGCCCCAAGCGGGAACACCUGCCUCUGGCCGUGGGCCUCGCCUUCUUCCUCCUGACACUCUUGGCCUCCUAGCUCUGCUCUUCCUAUGACAGAGAGGUGGGGCAGGGCUGAGAAGGAGCAGGGAGUCAGCUGUGGGGCCUACAUCCUUCUUUCCAUGGUUGGGAGUGGGGUCUGCGCUGUA